UCCCCGCCCAGAAGAAGACUGCGGCGGCGCAAGGCCUCCGGCAGGGGGCGCAGGCCGCUAGGCCUCCCCCGGGGCUGCGGGCCGGUGGUCCCUCCCAGGCCGCGUGUGCGGUGCGUUCGCGCAGCCCGCUCCCUGCCCCCACCUCACCUCGUCACCUCCCAGCCUUCUCAGCGGGCCCCUGAGAUGCGCGGCGCAGGCGCGGAGCUAGGCGGCCAGGGCAGUGCGGCCGCGGAGCCUAGGCCUGGGGCCUGGCGCUCAGGGCCUGGGGCGCGCGGGGAGGGAGAGGGGUCGGCCCAGCACAGCGUCCGGGAGCGCUAGGGCCGGAGCAGCGCUGCCCGCCGCCGUGCGUCCGCGGGAAGGACCGUGCGGCCCCUCCGCCCGCGCUGUCGGCCGCCGCCGCCUCUGCGUGGGCCGGCCAGGCGGGCCUCGGGGGACUGACUGGCAUUUUUUACCAUCUACAGAAACUUACUGUAAUUCAUUUUUCCUCACUCCAGUAGUAAGAAUUAUACCAAAUUGAAAAGAUAUGAAUGAGUAUCCUAAAAAAAGAAAAAGGAAGACUCUACACCCUUCUCGUUACUCAGAUUCCUCUGGAAUAAGCAGAAUUGCAGAUGGAUUCAAUGGAAUUUUCUCAGACCAUUGUUACAGUGUCUGUUCUAUGAGACAGCCAGAUUUAAAAUAUUUUGACAACAAAGAUGAUGAUUCUGAUAUCGAGACAUCAAACGACUUGCCAAAAUUUGCAGAUGGAAUCAAGGCCAGAAACAGAAAUCAGAACUACCUGGUUCCCAGUCCUGUACUUAGAAUUCUAGACCACACUGCCUUUUCUUCAGAAAAAUCUGCUGAUAUUGAAAUUUGUGAUGAAGAGUGUGACUCACCUGAAUCAGUCAACCAGCAAACCCAAGAGGAGAGUCCUGUAGAAGUUCACACUGCUGAAGAUGUUCCAAUUGCUGUAGAAGUGCAUGCGAUUUCUGAGGAUUAUGAUAUAGAGACAGAAAACAAUUCCUCUGAGAGUCUCCAAGACCAAACUGAUGAAGAACCGCCAGCUAAACUUUGUAAAAUUCUUGACAAGAGCCACGCUUUGAAUGUGACUGCCCAGCAGAAGUGGCCUUUACUGAGAGCUAAUAGCAGUGGCCUCUAUAAAUGUGAACUUUGUGAGUUUAACAGCAAAUAUUUUUCUGACUUAAAGCAGCAUAUGAUCCUGAAGCAUAAACGUACUGAUUCAAAUGUGUGUCGAGUAUGCAAGGAAAGUUUCUCUACCAAUAUGCUUCUGAUAGAACAUGCCAAACUACAUGAAGAGGAUCCCUACAUUUGUAAAUACUGUGAUUAUAAGACAGUAAUUUUUGAGAACCUCAGCCAGCACAUUGCAGACACCCAUUUUAGUGAUCACCUUUAUUGGUGUGAACAGUGUGAUGUACAGUUCUCCUCAAGCAGUGAACUCUACCUACAUUUCCAGGAGCACAGCUGUGAUGAACAGUAUUUGUGUCAGUUCUGUGAACAUGAAACUAAUGAUCCAGAAGAUUUGCAUAGCCAUGUGGUAAAUGAGCAUGCAUGUAAAUUAAUAGAGUUAAGUGAUAAGUAUAACAGUGGUGAACAUGGACAGUAUAGCCUCUUAAGCAAAAUUACCUUUGACAAAUGUAAAAACUUCUUUGUAUGUCAAGUAUGUGGUUUUCGGAGUAGACUUCAUACAAAUGUCAACAGGCAUGUUGCUAUUGAACAUACAAAAAUUUUUCCUCAUGUUUGUGAUGACUGUGGGAAAGGCUUUUCAAGUAUGCUAGAAUAUUGCAAGCAUUUAAAUUCACAUUUAUCUGAAGGGAUUUAUUUAUGUCAAUAUUGUGAAUACUCAACAGGACAAAUUGAAGAUCUUAAAAUUCAUCUAGAUUUCAAGCAUUCAGCUGACUUGCCUCAUAAAUGUAGUGACUGCUUGAUGAGGUUUGGAAAUGAAAGGGAAUUAAUAAGUCACCUUCCAGUCCAUGAGACAACUUGAUUAUUCUCUUUAACUUACAGAAUGUUAGUUUAAAAUAAUAAAUUCAUCCUUUUUUUGGAGAUGAUUAAAUGGAUGACUGUAAACACAACUUAUGAAAUUUGCCUUUAACAAGUAACUUUUUUAAAUUAUAAAAUUUUAUUGGCAUUGCUCCAUUUUCAGUAUAUAAAUAUAUCUUUAAUGUGGUAUUUUCAAUUGCGUGAUAGUUUGUAGUUUUAACCACUCUUGGUGACUGUCAUCCUGUUUCUUGCAUGUUCUCUGAUUUCAUGAAUUGAAAAGAAACAAAUGUAUUGAAGAAAUGAGCUACAGUUUUCCUUCCUUAACCAUGGGUGCUAGUAACUUUUUAAAACUCAAGACAAGAUUAGUUUUUUGUGUAUGAAGUCAUUAAAUUAUUACACGACCAGAACUAAAAUGCAACAUACAAUUGAGUCCACGGAUACUCCCAUUAAUAAGAAGUAACACUAGGAAGCCACUAUUAUCACAGGAAGAAAAGAUUUGAUUUUCAUGCCAGUCUGUUUUUUAAAAAAAAAUUUUUUUGAGCCCCUGUCUAUUGUUGAAUAUUUUAAGAUGGGAUGAGGGAGGAACUAAUAAGGGCUUACACAAUAAAAAAUAACUAUAUCAUAA